GGUUACCCGCGGCGAACAUGUCCGACGUGCAGAACUCCACCCAGGCUGGCGUUGCUGGUCAGGCCGCCUCUCCCCCCGCCGAGGGCGCGAACGGCGCUCCCACUCUCAACACCAACACCGCCGCCUCCAUGUCAUCCGAGUACAAUGACAUGCCCACUCCCACCUCCGCCGCUCCAUCCACCGCUCACCCGAACUCCGCUUCUCUGUACGUUGGCGAGCUCGACCCGUCCGUCACCGAAGCCAUGCUGUUCGAGCUCUUCUCCUCUGUUGGCCAGGUCGCGUCCAUUCGUGUCUGCCGUGAUGCCGUCACCCGUCGCUCGCUUGGCUAUGCUUACGUCAACUAUAACAGCGCCAACGACGGUGAGCGCGCUCUCGAGGAGUUGAACUACACUCUCAUCAAGGGCAGGCCUUGCCGCAUCAUGUGGUCGCAGCGCGACCCGGCUUUGCGCAAGACUGGCCACGGCAACGUUUUCAUCAAGAACCUGGAUGGUGCCAUUGAUAACAAGGCUCUCCACGACACCUUUGCCGCGUUUGGCAACAUCCUCAGCUGCAAGGUCGCCGUCGAUGAGCUGGGCAACUCCAAGGGCUACGGCUUCGUCCAUUACGAGACCGCCGAGGCCGCCAGCCAAGCUAUCAAGAGCGUCAACGGCAUGUUGUUGAAUGAGAAGAAGGUGUUCGUUGGUCACCACAUCCCGAAGAAGGACCGCAUGAGCAAGUUUGAGGAGAUGAAGGCCAACUUCACCAACAUAUAUGUCAAGAACAUUGAAACUGAGGUCACGGACGAUGAGUUCCGUGAGCUGUUCGAGAAGUACGGCGAGAUCACUUCCGCUUCGCUUGCCCACGACAACGAAACUGGCAAGAGCCGCGGCUUCGGCUUUGUGAACUACAUCAACCACGAGGAUGCUUACAAGGCGGUUGAUGAGCUCAACGACAGCGAUUUCCAUGGUCAGAAGUUGUACGUUGGACGCGCCCAGAAGAAGCAUGAGCGCGAGGAGGAGUUGCGCAAGCAGUAUGAAGCGGCGCGCCAGGAGAAGAGUGCCAAGUACCAGGGUGUCAACCUAUACGUUAAGAACUUGGCGGAUGAAGUCGACGAUGAGGAGCUGCGCAAGAUCUUUGAGGCAUACGGUGCCAUCACUUCCGCCAAGGUCAUGCGCGAUGUUACGCCGCUUGACAAGGCGGAGACUGAUGCCAAGGAGAACAAGACCGAUGACAAGGAAAAGCAGGUGGAUGGCGAGCCGACGGAAGACAAGAACGGCGAGGAGCAGGAAGACAUGGAGGAGCUUGAGAAGAAGAUGGACACGGUCACUAUCGGUGGCGAGAAGAAGGUAUUGGGCAAGAGCAAGGGCUUUGGCUUUGUCUGCUUUUCCAACCCGGACGAAGCGACCAAGGCCGUCACCGAGCUCAAUCAGAAGAUGAUCCACGGCAAGCCACUCUACGUCGCUCUGGCCCAGCGCAAGGAAGUCCGCAAGACGCAGCUCGAAGCCAGCAUUCAGGCACGCAACCAAGUCCGCAUGCAGCAGCAGGCCACUGCCGGCGGUCCGAUGGCGCCGCAAUUCAUGCAGCCGCAGAUGUUCAUGGGCCCCAAUGGUCAGCCGAUGAUGAUGCCCGGAGGCGGUCGUGGUGCCGCGCAGAUGCCGUUCAUGCCUGGCAUGCCCGGUGCCGGCGCCCAGCGUGGUGGCUUCCCUGGUAUGCCUCAGCAAGGCGGCCGUGGUGGGCCUCAGGGUAUGUCACAAAUGCCUCAGAUGCCUCAGAUGCCCUAUGGUCUCCCACCGCAGAUGGCCGGCUUCAAUCAGCAGAUGUUCAACAACCCGAUGGCGUACGCUCAGAUGAUGCAGGCGGCUCAGCAGCAGGCGGCGGCAAUGGGUGGACGUGGCGCUGGUCGUGGUGGUCCGAUGCAGGGGAUGCAAGGCAUGCCGAUGAUGCCUAGUAUGCCACCGCAGAUGAUGCAGGGCGGUGGCGGCGGCGGAAUGCGUGGUGGCUUCCCAGGUCAGCAGCCGCCGUCGCGUGGUGGCAUGAUGGGAGGCCGUGGGAUGGAGGAGCCGCGUGGCCGUGCGCCGAACCGUCCGCAGAUGCCGUCGUCGGGUCCGGGUAUUGACCUCAAUCAGCUCAAUGCCGCGCCACCGAGUCAGCAGAAGCAGAUUCUGGGUGAGGCGCUGUAUCCGAAGAUUCACGCGCAGCAGCCGGAGUUGGCGGGUAAGAUUACGGGCAUGCUGUUGGAGAUGGACAACCAUGAGUUGCUUGGCUUGACCACUGAUGACGAUGCUCUCCGCGCCAAGGUCGACGAGGCCAUGAACGUCUACGAAGAGUACGUCAAGAACCAAAGCGGUCCUGGUGGGCCGGAGGAUGUUCCUGGCGCGCAGCCGCAGCCCAACGGGACGGAGAACAUGAACCCGAGCAUGGAGGAGGUCAAGGAUGUCGAGGCUUGAGCACGACCUACUGAUUCUGAACUCGACAUGGUAAAGCCGCAACCUCUUGCUUGAGUGUCGCUGGCCGUCUCGAUUGACGGAAUUACAAGCGAAGCAAAGGACGCUAGACUUUCCUUGCGUGGCCCGCAAGCAGAUUCUUUUUACGAUACCCCUUAUUGAGCUUGCGCUUACGCUUGGACCGCGAAACAUUGGCAUCUGAUCAUGCUGGUAUGCUUGAAACGGUAUUGUACACUACGACCACGUGCGAGCAUAGCUAUGUGCUGGUACGAAUGGCAUCUGUAGCAUGCACUCGAAGAGAUGCAGCAGCACUUCGCAAGGCUGAGGUGGUAGCAGAGGAAAUGAUAUGGUGGAUGGUGACGUGUAUGAGUAUGUGUAGUAGGGCAAUAGAGUAGUGCAAAUGGCAUGAGCAUCGAGAGCGGAUAGUGUGAUAUCACAUCACCGAUCGGUCCUUUUAAUACUGUCUGUAUGUGAGGAUGAGUUUACGCCUAG